GAUAUCGCAUACGAUACUAAAUGGUAUUCUUGAAUGAGAUGUAUCGUAUGCGAGAAAAUAUCGAACGGUUGAUAUCGAGUGUGACAAAAGUGAAGUUAUUCGAUGUGAAGUGAAUUAAAUUUAUGGUGGCAAUGGAUAUGGCAUAUAGAAAUGCUGUUCAGCUUCAUAUCGCUGAACAAUUGGAAAAUAUUUACAAUUUUAAUGAAAGACCGCGUUUUCACAUAAGAGAUGAUCCAUUUGAAUUAUCAGAACGACAGUUUAGAAAUAUUUUUCGAUUGAAAAAAGAAACAACAAACAGGCUAAUUAAUAUUGUAGAAGACAAUUUAAUAGAACCGUCACGAUCUUCAGCUUUGGACGCAACUGUACAAGUUUUAGCUGCAUUACGUUUUUAUGCAUCAGGCAGCUAUCAGAAUUGCAUAGGAAAAAAUAUUCACAUGGCUAUUAGUCAACCUUCGAUCAGUAGAUGUAUUCGAAAUGUGACUAAUAUUCUUAAUUUACCAGAGAUAUUUAACAAUUGGGUGCGCUUUCCUAAUAACCUUCAGGAGCUGCAACAACUGCGUAACAAAUUUUGGAUAAAUCAUCGCUUUCCAGGAGCGAUUGGUUGUAUAGACUGCACUCAUGUAGCAAUUUUUCCACCUCCUAAAGAAGACGAAAAUUAUCCUGAACAUAUAUAUGUGAAUAGAAAAGGAUAUCAUUCUAUUAACGUACAAUUGAUAUGUGAUACUGAUCUUAGGAUAAUGAAUGUUAAUGCCCGAUAUCCUGGAAGCACUCACGAUUCGUAUAUCUGGAAUAAUAGUAAUGUUCUUCCUAUAAUGCAAGAUAUUUACAAUCGUGGACACAGGUUUUUCUUAUUAGGUGACUCUGGUUAUGCGCUUAGACCUUGGAUGAUGACUCCAAUAAUAAACAAUGAUCCUAAUAUUGCAACGAGAAGAUACAAUGAUCUGCAAAUGAGCACUAGAUCACUUAUUGAACGUUGCAAUGGUGUCUUGAAGAUGAGAUUUCGUUGCCUGUUGAAACAUAGGGUUUUACAUUACCAGCCAGAUGUAUGCUCGAAAAUUAUCAAUGCUUGUACAGUGUUGCAUAAUAUGUGCAUUCAGGACAACAUGCCCUUACCUGAAGCAGAAGAUGAAGUAUUGGACUGUGGUCAAGAUGGUAUAGAGGAUGUAAAUGAACCGGGGAUAGAUAUGUUAAAUAGAAAUCACGAACUAAUAGCUGGACGAAGAAUUCGCAAUAAUUUAAUACGACAGUACUUCUCUUAACAAUAUUUUGUAUUUUUUGUAUAUAUGUAUACACAUAACCAUGUGUACAAACAAUAAUCACAUUUAUAAUUAUAAUCAGUUUAUAAUUAGUCAUCGGGCAAUAAAAAACUGAACAUAAAA